AUGGCUAACCGUAAUGCACAGGAGUUAGCAGAGAAUGUAUUAUCCCUCUAUGACGUAAGCUCUAAUCGAGACGCCACCAUUGCCAAGUAUUACCUUCCUGAUGCUGUAUUCACGGACCCUAUCGUGUCCGUGCGAGGAAUGGAUAAUAUCCAAGCGCAGUUUCGCGUAUUGUCCAAAUUUGUCAAGUCGAGCAAGGCUACACUCGUUCGCGGUUCUAUGGCGGGUGCUUCUGUUCUCACUAUCGACAGCUCGGUAGUUUUCCGUCUAAAGCCGUUUCCAAGAUUUAUGAAGAUUGUCCUGCGGGUUUUUUCCGUGAUCGAGCUUAAGAAUGGACGCAUUGCCUCACACACGGAUCAUUACGACUUUUAUUCGGUGCUGGCCAAUAUCCCGUUCAUUUCCUUCUUCUAUGCUCAAUUUCGUCCGAUGUUUGGAGCCGCUAGCUCUGCUGUGAUCAAGAGACUCGUGCCUCCACAGACCAAGCCUGCCAUUUUGGCUAAUAAGACGACGACUGCUUCUAUUACGGCCAACGGUAAUGGUGUCGUUACGGCAGGUGCGAUGUGA